AUGGCGGCGCUGAGGGUCGACACGACCGGCACUCCCCAACGACCUCGCAGCGUUCGAACCGUACGGACAUUCGCCUCCGCAGAUGACGACUACUCAAAUGGCAGCGAAUGGGCGCGGACGGUGAAAGAUCCGUGGGAUCCUGCGAUACUUACGCUAGACGGCGGCGGUAUUCGCGGCUACUCGAGCCUCUUGAUGGUCCAACAGCUCAUGCACGAAAUCGCACAAUGGGAGCGCAAGCUUGAAAUGGAAGAGGCAGCAGAAGCGGCGACCCGGCGGAAAGACGGCACCUCCACACCACCGUUUGAACCGCGUACAUUCAACGAGGACGAGCUGUUACCCGCGCACUACUUCGACUUCAUGUACGGAACAAGUACCGGAGGCCUGAUAGCAACAAUGCUCGGAAGGUUACGCAUGAGCGUACCGCAAUGUUUGGAGCUCUACCGACAGGUUGGCAAUGACCUCUUUGGUACAAGACGAAGCGUAGUGCCUCUGACGACAAAAUAUCGGCACAAGCCCCUGGAAGAAGCCGUCAAGGAGAUCGUGAAGCGCCAUUGCAAGACACACCCUAACGGUACUUGCGAUGGUAACGACUGGUUCCCUUGGAAUGUCGAAGAGGAGGAAGACCCCGUUAGUUCUCUGGUAUUACGGCCUGGAGAGCAAAUCUGCCACUCAAUAUGCCUCACCGCUACCCACAACGAGAGAGUGAAUGAGGCGCACCUGCUCCGCACCUACGACCAUCGCUAUAUCAACGUCCCUAACUACAUCACCCUCUACAACGAAGGUGCAGACAAGCUCAAAAUCUGGGAAGUCACGCGGGCCACGUCAGCAGCACCCUUUUACUUCAAGAUCCUGGAGGCAGAUAUCCGCGGCGAGAUCAUGGGCUUCAAGGACGGCGGGAUUCGCGAGAACAAUCCGGCGGGUGCGGCGUGGUCCGAGUUUGUGUCGCUGUACGGCGAACACCGCGACCCAGCGCUGCUGCUGUCCAUCGGCACUGGGCGGCCGGACGAGAGCGCGGACGGAUUCGCAAGCGCGUGGCCGGGGCCCUUUGGCACGAGCAAAAUGAUGAAGAAAAUGGCAGAGAAGUUUGCCGUGUUUAAGAAUGUGCUGAUCAAAUACACCGAGGGUGAGGAGCAGCACCGCGCCAUGGUGCGCAUUGCCAAGGGCGAGAACACUUGGUAUAAGCGGCUCAAUGUCGACAAGGGGCUGGAGAAGAUGAAGCUGGAUAACUGGGAGAACGGAGUCUGGGGUGGUCCUGGGGCUUUUGCUGCCGCCGCAGCGACAGCGACGGCCGUGGCCGUGGCAACACCUGCCCCAUCCAACAAGAACAACAUCGCGUCCUCCUCUGCGCCAGCUAUCCUCUCCAGCUGCACGGCCGCCGUGCUUCGUGACCAGCAUGUGCCGCGGGAGGAUACGGGAACAGACCGGAGGCGUCUGGAUUUCCAGAUCCCUACCACCAGGCUCAACGACGACGCAGACAUAACUUCCUCCGGCACACUUCCCUCGUUGUCGUCCGACAGCCUUGUCACCAACAGCAACACCGUGUCCAAUAGCCAAAAAGAUCAGCAGCAACAGAAGCAGCCAGAACAACAACAGCAAAAGCAGCAGCAACAGCCAAAGCAAAACAACGACACUGCAGCUCAAGACGGCAAGAAAAAGAAGAAACAGCCGAAGCCCGUCCCCGGCGGCCGGACGCUGACGCGCAUGGAAGAGGCGACGGCGGCGUACCUGCACCGCCCCUUCGACCACAAGUACGACACGUACGCGCCGCCGAUGGUGAAAGUGCGACAGGCGGCCGAGAAGCUGGUCCGCCAGCGCCGCGCGCGCGAGCGGGCGGCGCAUGAGGACCCGCGCAGGUGGGACACGUACAUGGGGCGGUGGCUGACGGGCGCCUAUGCGGACGAUGCGGAUGGCGUGGUGAGGUGGAGUAAUGCGGCGGAUGCGGGUGAGGGGAGGAGGAGUUUGAAGAGCUUGGUUAAGGGUGGUGGUGGUGGUCGCAGGGCGAGCGGGGAUGCGGAAGAGGUGGUGGAUGGGAAGACGUCGAGAUCGUCGGGGUUGGGGAGAAGGUCGGAGGGCGGAGAUGGUAGGACGUCUGGGGAGCAGUCGGCUAGAGGGAAGGGGAGAGAGAGGUGA